AUGCAAACUAUUGAGCUCCAAUCACUCACUCCCACCAUCCAUAUCAAAGCUUCUGUUCCGCCUAUUCCAUUUCCUCAAAGGCUUCGAAGAAAACCUAAAGAGGAAGAGGUUCAGGCCAUUACAACUAGAAGCAGACCAGUUUCAGAUCGUCUACGACUUAAGGCAAAUGAUCUUGGCACUACACUAACACCUCUGGUCCCUAUUUCUCAAAGGUUGCAGAAAGUCAAGUUGGAGGAGCAAGCUAUGAAAUUCUUGGAGGGAAAUGUUGACUACAAAAAGGAAGAUGCCGGGCAUGAAACAAUAGCACUAGUGUGCAGUGCGAUCAUCCAGCAUAGGAUCCCUCCCAAAUUUAAAGAUUCAGGGAGUUUCACUCUACCUUGCUCUAUUGGAUAUUUAAAUGAUAUAAAUUAUUUAAUUGAUUUAGGAGCGAGUAUCAAUUUAAUUCCCCCAUAUCUUUACAGGAAAUUAGGAUUGGGAGAUCCCAAAGCUGCUUCUAUCAUCCUUCAACUGGCAGACAGAUCACUAAAACACUCCUACGGAAUAGUUGAAGACAUGCUUAUAAAGGCAGGGGAGUUUAUUUUUCAGCCAAUAACGUUGAUGGCUUGA